GAGCAUUGCAGCCAAACCAUUCCCAUGGCAUUGCGGCACCGUCAAGUACUGUUACAGCAGCACCGGUUAGUAUUUAUUUCUCAUUUCUGCUUGUAGACGAUCUCCUUUAUCUUAUUUUGUUGGCAAGCGUGGUCCCCCGGUAUAUGCAGCUGUGCGAUUUCACGUUGUUAUUCUCGGUUUCAGAUGACAUCUUUGCACCCUGAGCAUUGCAGCCAAACCAUUCCCAUGGCAUUGCGGCACCGUCAAGUACUGUUACAGCAGCACCGAUGGCGCCUUUGCACCCAGUGCUACCCCCAGACAUGCGUCCCAUGCCAAUUCGACUUAAACGAGCCGGUGAGCAGGAUUUGGCUCGGUCAUCCUCUUUUGGCUCGGAGAGCACUGCAACAAACUCGCGCACGCAAAAGAUGCCACGCGUGGAGCAGCUAGGCGCCGAAGCUACUACAUCGGACGUGACGCCUCAUAGGCAAAACAGCACUAAGUGUGAAGGGUCAGUUGUAAAUUUUGACUGUCGGAUUUCUCAGCGCGAACAAAGCAUUUCAACUCUACUGAUGGAUUUCGGUGCGGAAGAGCAGUACUUAUUCCCGGGCUUGGACGGAUCUGGUCCAAGGAAUCUCGAGAAUGGCAGUUUAUAUCAGGGCGCCCAGAUAAACUUACUAAUUAAUCCGAGGCAUGAAGUGCUGAUAUCGACGCGUAUGGCCCAGCUAGAGCGCCAGCAGCAGGCCAACAACUGGUGGUUCCAGCAGCAGUCAGUGGCACCGAGAAGAAACCUAAUCGGCCUUGAUAUUGUUGCGGGUCGCAUCGCAUCACAACCUUUGGUUAUAAUUCCACGCACUCACCAACAGCCGAUUGUGGAACUUGCCAUGGUGUUGCUGCAGCCGCAUGAUCUUACAUCGGUCGGGAUUUGGGGCGGCAGCGUGCCACCGCCCAUGGAGAUCACGCCAGUUGCUGCGACUGCCGAACAGAUCAGCCGUUUCUCAACUAAGUACAAGUUUGCUAAGGAAACGAAUCCGUCUGAUAACGAGCAAGAUCGUUGC